AUGGCCUCAUCUCAUGAACCACAGCAGACCUCAGCAGAGGAUGGGAACGCGAUCGUAAUCCCCAUUGAGCGGUCAUUCAGUGAUGGCGACAAGUCCACUUGGCCCACAGAGGCCCGGUUCGGCAUGCCAGACGAUAGAGGGUAUCGUGAAAAGGUCGCUAUCAUGUGGCUGAGAGAGAUUGGUGCCUAUGAGGAGGGCAUGGACUAUGUCAUAGACACUCUGCCGGAUGGAUAUGCUAUCUUUGACAGGCCGCGUGGAACAAACCCUGAUAUCGUAAGUCUUGUUCCAAAAGCCUUGAACACGACUCCGCUGACUGAAGACAUAGCGCGAUAA